ACCGAUUGGCUCAUUUUAAGAUACCACGUGAUCCGUUGAUUAUAGAGAGCAUCAAGCGAAAAGGCGGCCAGACGACCUACAUAGCACAAAGAAGGAAAAAGUGUUUUAGUGUUUACAUCAGGAAAAACUUAAAAAUGGGUCGACCAAGAGUAGAUGGCAAACCAGGAGGAAAGAAGGUUAAAGAUCCAAACAAGCCAAAGAGAUCAACAUCUGCAUACUUCUAUUACCUUGCAUUCUGCAGAGAAGAGGCAAAGAAAGCUGGGAGGUCAAUUUCAAAGAUUGCAGAAUUCACAAAAGAAUGCUCUGAAAAAUGGCGAAACAUGAAUGGCACUGCCAAAACCAGGUUUGAUGAACAGGCUGCUGCUGACAAGAAACGAUAUGACAGAGAGAUGAGUGUCUACACAGGAGGAAAGAGCUCCAGGACCAAGGAUCCCAAUGCACCAAAGAAGCCCAUGACUGGCUACUUCCUUUUCUUGCAAGAUUUCAGGGAACGACACAGAGGAAAAGAUAUCCCUAACAAAGAUUUAUUAAAAAUGGCUGGAGAAGAAUGGCGCGAGCUUGACGAUUCACAGAAAAUGCCCUACGAGAAACGCAGUCAAGGAGAACAGAAGAAAUAUGAAGUUGCAAUGGCUGCAUAUAGGAGUGGUGCUGCUGCUGCAGCAAAUGGCGGUGAGGAUGAAGAUGAUGAGGAUGAAGAGGAUGAUGAUGACGAGUAAACCUACAGACACAAGUGUGAUUUGCUGUGUGCACCCACCAAAGACUUCUGAUAUGAUACCUCAGAAGUGGUUACUGAAUCCAGUCAUCGAUGCUUGAUGAAAUUACCAAUUUUAUGAAUAUUUUUAAACCCCAAAAAUGAACCUGAAUUACUUUACAGAAUUUGAUGACAGUGUAGUCUUAAAAUCAAUCCAACUAGGUUUCAAACAUAUAAAAAUUGGGAGUGCAGGAACUCUUCGAGAAGCAUGACUUGGUGUAUUCAAUAAAGUAAUAAGCACUUGCAUGCAGGGCUGAUUUACAAUACCUCUCAAGUGCGAGUGACACUUACAUUUCAUGUCUAUUCAUUGUCAUAUUCCAUAUUUCACCAUCAUUAUGACAUCAUUCAUAAUUCCAUUUUCAUUCAUUGCCAUGGUUUUUAAGAUUUGAGAAGCUAUUGGUUUACAAGAGUAUACUUUGUUUCCUUAAGGCAUCUUAGGAAAAUAAUGUGUCGUCAUUGUAUUACGAUUUAAUGGCUUCUUUGUCUAACUACCAUGGUCUCAUUUCAUUUUCAUGUACCAUUAUGUAAAAUAACGUCAUUUUUAUAAAAAAAAAUGUGUGAAAAUUUAUAAUUAUGUUGAAAUUGACUUCAUUGUGUUUGUGUAAUGAAAACCAGUAGGGCAUUUGCCAUUUGCACUGUCUUUGGCAUUUUUUCUCAGUCAUUUAAAUCCAGACAUCUGCCAUUCAUGACAGGAGAAAUAAAGCUUGCUUCCCUUUGUAGAACUAUUAUUUUAACAACAGAGAUAGAGAAAAAGAUCAAAAUUUGUGAACAUGGAAUGUAGCUGAGUUCCAAGUAUGACUUGUCUGGCCCUGAUGAAUGGCAGAUUGGGAACACUAAAUCAGAAGUGAUUUGUAGGAUUUUCCAUACUUGUACCAUGUUGGUUUUCACAAGAUCUCAGGGUGGACAAAAGUCAUAUCUCAAUUGCUUUUGACAGGAUUUGUUGCCAAAGCAACGUAAAAUUGGAUGCCCAAUGGACACGUUAUGUAAGGCAAACUUUUGUUUCUCAUUAAUCAAAUCUACAUCUCCGUGUUUUUAGUCUAUUAAGAUUUUUAUGCAAUUUCAACUCUUUAUUUUACAUUAGAACUGUAGUUUUAUAUCGUGAAGCAUUUGUUAAUAAACCAUAUUUAAUUUGGGAAA